GUAACGGCACACAGCGCACAGGCGGAUACCGAAACGCUCGGGUUUUCCUCUCUGUCUCUCUUCAUUUCAUCUUUACUGUCGAUUUUUUUUAUGAAACUGAUUUCUAAAAGUUUUUAAUAACCUGAGGUUUGUUCAGAUAUCAGUUGUUGUUGUUGUUGUUGUUGUUGGGAGACUUUUCUUACGAGUCGCGCGAGUAACCAGGAUGCGCGUGAAGGCUGUGCCGCAGGAGCGCGCCCCGGUCAGCGGGACUUACAGCAGCCCUGUCCACUGUCUCCACACUGUCUUCUGCUUCAUUCUGUCCGUGUUCUCCGUGGUGUUGUGUGUAGUCCUGACCUUACGGACGGCUCACCUGGAGCACAGAAUGCAGUUCCUGGAAAGCGAGCGCCUUUCUGUCCUGAGCUCCAUCACUGCAGCUCCAUCACUGCAGCAGAACCUCUCUCUAAAGGAAGCCAUAGACAAACUCGUUCAUAAGAGACUUAUGGAGGAAUCGCCUAAACUCCGCACACCAAGGGAAGUUCAGGAGUGCUCUUGCCCACCAGGACCACCAGGUAGACGAGGAAAAAAAGGGAAUCCUGGAACUCCAGGAACUCCAGGGCGAGAUGGAUACCCGGGGCCUCUGGGUGUGGAUGGGAAGCCUGGUCUUGCUGGUCCUAAAGGUAGUCAGGGGAUGCCAGGGCCAAAAGGAGAUAAGGGUGAUCAGGGAGACGUGGGGCCCAGGGGCCCUCCAGCACACGCUGCCUCUGCUGGCCUGCUCAGUAAUCAGAUUCUUACAGUCAAGGGUGAUCAGGGUCAGGCUGGGCCUCCAGGUCCCCCAGGGCCUCCUGGACCAUCUGGCCCUAGAGGGCCCCCAGGAAACAUGGGCACAGACGGACCCCAGGGCCACCCAGGAGAGCCGGGUCUUCCUGGGAAGGAUGGGAAUGAGGGUCCAAGAGGACCAUCUGGUAUGAAGGGUGAUGUUGGAGAGCCUGGAUCAACGGGACUUCAGGGUCCUCCAGGGCUAAAGGGAGAACAAGGUGAGCCAGGUAAUGAAGGGAAAAGAGGUGCGGAUGGACCACCAGGCAUAAAGGGGGAUAAAGGGGAUGCUGGUGAUCCAGGACUCCAGGGUGCUCCAGGAGUCUCAGAGAACUUUGACCUGUCUGAAAGAUUACAGGUGCAGGGCCCACCUGGCCCACCUGGGCCUCCUGGAGAGCAAGGAGUGAAGGGAGAGAUGGGCUCUCCUGGGAUUCCUGGACCUGAAGGCAGACAGGGUUUUAAAGGAGAAAGGGGGGAAAGAGGAGAACCUGGAGUGACAGGAGAUAAGGGAGAGAGCGGAGAGAAGGGAGAGAUCGGUCAGCCUGGGCCAGUGGGAGCUGGUGGGCAGAAAGGAGAGAAGGGAGACUCCAGAAUUGAGGACAAUCUGGCUCAGAUGAUCGCAUUGCCAGGCCCUCCAGGGCCUCCAGGACCACCUGGCCCUCAAGGAAUUAUGGGCUAUCAUGGAAUACCUGGCCAAAAGGGAGAGCCAGGUGAGGCGAUAAAAGGAGAAAAGGGGGAUGUCGGAGAAAAAGGUCCACAAGGGCCACGGGGUCUUCAAGGUUAUUCUGGCUCAGAUGGAUUGGUCGGUCUACCAGGUGCAAAAGGUGAAAAGGGAAAACACGGUGAACCUGGUUUAGAUGGUUUCCCAGGUCUUCGAGGAGAGAAGGGUGAUAAGGGAGAACGGGGAGAAAAGGGUGAAAGAGGCUUGCUGGGAAAAAGGGGUCUAAAAGGAGAGAAAGGGGAGCAGGGACCCCCAGGUCUGGAUCAGCCUUGUCCUGUGGACCGGGAUGGACUCCCAAUACCAGGGUGCUGGCAUAAGGUUUGAACGUUACAACUUGAACUUUUUUAAAGAGUGAUGUUUUGUUUCAGAAUGAUGCAUUAACCUUUGCCCUCUCUCUCU